UGUACGUGCAGUACAUGUGUAUGCUAUUUGGAUCUGGAUCACUUCAACCAAGUUCAAGUUAAUUUUCCCGUUGUAUUUCAAAAUGAAUGUGGUCGUCGCUGUAAAGCAAUAUGUGUCCAGGAUGAUUGAGGAAAGCGGACCAGGAAUGAAAGUUUUACUCAUGGACAAAGAAACGAUAAGCAUCGUGAGUAUGGUCUACGCACAGUCGGAGAUCCUGCAGAAGGAGGUUUAUCUGUUCGAGAAGAUUGAAUCGGCGUCGCGCGAGUACAUGAAGCAUCUCAAGUGCAUCUGCUUUCUGAGACCGACUAAAGAUAACGUGGAGCAGCUCUCUCGCGAACUGAAGGAUCCGAAAUACGGCCUCUACUACAUCUAUUUCAGCAAUGUGAUCAGCAAAGCAGAUGUAAAGGUUCUGGCAGAAGCAGACGAACAGGAGGUAGUGAGAGAAAUGCAGGAGUUCUACGCCGACUUUCUGGCUGUUGGUCCACACGUGUUCACCUUCAACAUACGGACGUGUUAUCAGGGCUUCACGUGGGAGCCGUCGGCGCUGAGCAGGAUCGUGUGCGGAGUGUCGGGGAUGCUGCUCGCCGUGAAGAAGUGUCCGAUGAUCCGCUACCAGAACUCGUCCGAGAUGGCGAAGAGACUCGCCGAAAACAUAAGGCAAAUGAUAAACAGAGAAGCGGCGCUGUUUGACUUUCGAAGGACAGAUGUUCCGCCGAUCCUGCUGAUCGUUGAUCGCCGUGACGACCCCAUCACGCCUCUGCUCAAUCAGUGGACCUACCAGGCGAUGGUGCACGAGAUGCUCGGCAUCAAGAAGAACCUCGUGAACCUCGCCGGCGUGCCGGGAGUCGACCGCGACCUUCACGAGGUCGUGCUGUCGUCAGAACACGACGAGUUCUACGCGAACAAUUUAUACAAGAACUUCGGGGAAAUAGGGACGAACAUCAAGGAACUGAUGGAAGAAUUUACGAGAAAAUCUCAAAGCCAACAAAAAGUAGAAUCUAUUGUAGAAAUGAAGGCAUUUAUAGAGAACUAUCCUCAGUUUAAGAAGAUGUCAGGAACGGUAUCGAAGCACGUGACCGUGGUAGGGGAACUGUCUCGGCUGGUGGGAGCGCACAAUCUCAUGGAGGUGUCGGAGGCAGAGCAGGAGUUGGCGUGCCAGAACGAUCACUCCCAGUCACUUCAGAAAAUUAAGAAGCUGUUUGGCAGCGAGAGACUGAGCGACCUUGACGCGGUACGGCUCGUCAUGCUCUACGCGCUGCGCUACGAGCGCCAUAGCAACAACGACAUCGUCGGCCUCGAAGAGAUGCUUCGCAAGAAGGGCACGCCCGAGAAGCUGACAAAGAUGGUACGGGCGAUCCAAGACUUUGCGGGCGACAGCAUUAGGAAAGGUGAAAUGUUCGAGAACGAAGAUCCCAUAGCUAUCACUAAGAAAUUCUUCAAAGGAUUGCAAGGAGUGGCUAACAUCUAUACACAACACAAACCUCUACUAGAGGCAACCCUAGACCAACUGAUAAAGGGCAAGCUGAGGGAAGCACUCUACCCAUAUUUAGGCACAAAUCAAUUAAGGGAAAGACCUCAGGAUAUUAUAGUGUUCAUGAUCGGUGGCGUCACCUAUGAAGAAGCUCUAUCCGUACACAACAUGAACAAAAGCUGUCCCGGUGUUCGCAUCGUCUUAGGGGGCAGCACUGUUCACAACACAUCGAGUUUUCUGGACGAGGUAUCGUCGGCGACACCUGGUGGCUAUCGUUCCCGCUACCACGGCCCACGGACUCACCGGUCGUAAUACGGCCGAGCGUCGUCGCUCCCUUUGUCUCGUCGAUCAAACGCCAGUUACGUGUGCAGGUAUCAUUAAGAUCGAUUUAGUUUCUUCUCGUCGCUGCUAGAUGGCAGUACUUGUUUCACACCCCGACUUUGUUUUGUACGUUGGUUGCUUUAAUUUUAGAGCAGCAAUGACACAAACAAAUCAACUUGCAUUGUUUGCAUCAUGAACAUAUACAAACCCACGUUGAGUUGUUCAUGUUUCCAUAUAAUAACACCUCCCCCAGAACUUUCCGUAUUCGGUAGGUCAGUGCCGUCCGUAAUCACGAGUACAUUGACUGUUUUAAUUCGUUUAAUUCAGCGAAUACAGUUGAUGAUUUCUUGCUUAGAACUGUAUUCGUUUAGUACCUAAUGCAAAUUACUGAAAUUGGUGAUUUCGAAAUGAGUGUAUUCCAUUAACGUGUUCAGUUAUUUAAGAUUUCUUACCCAAAUAAUAGCUGAAUUUUGUACACAAUACACACACAUACGAAGAUAUGUAUAUGUAAUAGCCAUGUAUAUAUACACAUAUAAUAGUAAUAUAUAUAUACACACAAGUAUAAGUAAUUAUAGUAACAGUAUAAGUAAUAAAUGUACUUUGGAAAACUUCUGAAUUGUGACGUGUGUUGUGAUGUGUAAGCCAGUAAGGUAAACUGACAUGUUCUAACAUUCCAUCGAUGCUAGCAGUAGAAAUAUGAAGCAAGUAGGGUACGUUGUGUGAAACCAAGUACUAACAAGUAAAGUUGCCUUUGUCAUCUAAUAAAGAAAGUUGGGCAUUAUAUCUGGACACUCACUGUAUGCCUGCCAAUGUUUGAUGGACGGUAUAGAUAAGUCAUCUCUAGCAUAAAUGUGUCGGUGAGAUUGUAAAGUGAAAUUGUAAUCGGCGUAGAAACGUUUGUGAUGUUAUUGAACUGUUUUCUCAUCUUGUUGUUGCUGACACAAGAUUCCAUUCUUUGAGCUGCUUCACAUAUGGCAUCUUUUUGAGUAUAUUUAAAAGUUGGUUGUAAAUAAGUCUGAUAAUUGUGAUUAUUUUUGUGACGUGAUAAAUACAUUGUAAAUGGCA